AUGCUUCGGACGAUCCGCCGCGGACACGGACUUCUCGUGCCUGUGACUCCUGUUAUAAAAGAAAGAUCAAAUGUGAUGCGGCGGUGCCGCAGUGUAAUUGGUGCAGCCACCAUAAUAUCCCCUGCACAUUCGACAGAGUGGUACAGAGGAAAAGAAAAAAUCCUGAUGAUGAAGGUUUCACGCCUAUCGGAGCGAAUUAGUCGCAUUGAGCAACUUCUCGCAGAGAACUUAAUGGGUGAUCAUGUCUCUGUGCCUGGUGACUCACCUCAAUCUUUCGAAGCCAACACGACAGCUGACACGACUGACACGACGGCCAGUAACUCUCCAAGCAACAAUCAACCUCCAGACUCGUCGUCAGUGCGAGUUCACUUUGCGGGCAAAGAGUUGGGUGUUAUCAGUUUACUCACAGGUACGCCGUUCCUCUUUCCUGAGGGACGGGACUGGAUCAAAGCUCGCACCGGACAGAACGUUGCAAUUGAAAAACUGAGUCCAACGCGAGCACCUUGGGAUAAAGAGCGCGGACAAAACUUCAACACUUUCUUGAUGAACAUGAACACUUGUAAUCCCUAUGAACUCCCCGACUGGGCAACGGUACAGGCGUACUUCCAGGCAUAUAAGAGUUGCAGGGUGAUGCGGCGCAUCUUUCCUGUUAUAGAUCCGGAGCUUUUUGAGGAGACUCUCACUACAGCUUACAGUCAAUCGCCAUCUACCUUUAGAUUUGGCCAAGCGAGCGCCAGGGUUUGUGUCAUUGCAUUUAUUACCUUUGUUUCUCGCCUACCUGACCUCGCUCGCGUUGUCAACUCGACUACUACGGCCAUCCCAAUCGAUCAUGAUCAACUUGCCACCAGGGCACAAUUUUUGAUGUCUCAAGUAUUACAAGAGUCUGCUAGUCUAGACGCAGCACAGGCUAUUACCAUAUUGACUCUCUUCGAGCUAUCUUCGGGAAAUAUGCGGGCCACCAACUACUAUGCGGCCAUUGCUGCACGACUCAUUUUCAUGCUUGGUGGCAAUCUUUUUACCUGUCACGCCACCGCGACAGAUAAGCGCAGCCAGCAAAAGCAUUCACAACUACGGAAUCUAUUCUGGAUUUGCUACACGAUUGAUAAAGACCUUGCGCUGCGCACGGGUCAGCCGCCUACUAUCACAGACGAGAAUUGUGAUCUGACCCUUCCGCCGGGCUAUCUCGACCGAGCAUUCUCGGAUGUGGAAAACGAGGAGGCCCCCUGGUACGGUCCAGUAUUUCCAUUCGACUUGCGCCUGAGUAUGAUCAAAGCCCGAGCGCAUCGAGAGCUAUAUUCAGUCAGCUCCCUCCAAAAAUCAGACGCCGAGCUGCUCAAGUCAAUCCGAGAACUCGAUGAUGCGCUAGAAGAAUGGCGGCUAUCAGUCCCUCCUAAAUGGCGUCCCACCAUGUCCUUUUCUUCCGAGACGUCCGAUCCGAACAUGGGUAUGCAUACUGUCUUGCUGCGUCUGAAUUAUCACCUAUGCAUGACCAUCAUCCAUCAAGCGAGUGGAAGAUGCAAGGCAUGGAUGCAAGGACAAAGUGGCAUGAUGGAUGGGGUGAGUUCAAGCAUGGCACUUUCAGUAGAGGCCAGUCGAUCCAGUCUAUGUUACCUCGAGGCAGCAGAGCAUGUGGUAGUCGACGGGGUUUUUUGGACUCUAAUAUUUUACCCCAUGUCCGCGCUGCUCACCAUCUUCUGCAGCAUUCUCCAGAAUCCACUGGAUCCACAUUCGCGCGAAGACUUGGGCCGAUUGAAUGUCGCCACGGUUAUGAUGGAGCGUAUCUUCUCACGAAAACUACCUUCAUCUGAGCUUGUGCACUUCAAAUUGGUCGGCGAUUUCAUUUUGGAAUUGAAGCGAUUGGCUGAGUGUGCCAUUGACAAGGCCUGGGCGGAGCAGCGCGCCGCCUCUUAUUGA